AUGUCCGCUAAUCGAUCCGCACAGCAGUCUACGCUCUCAAGCUUUUUAGAAGUUGCACGUACCAGUCAAUUUGCUUGGUUUAUCGGGCAUGUCGUUGUUUUGUUCAGCUCAGCCCUGUAUUUGUUAACGUUUCGCGGAGGUAGCUCAGGUUUUCACAACACAUUAUACCGCGUUAUGUAUUUGGGGGUCAUAGAGUCAUUCAGUGUUAUCAUUGAUCAACAACAUUUGCGGUCCACGAAUAAGACAUCUCCUCGUGAUCUUCUCUUGGAUGACAAUGUUCUGUACUUAGGGGUCGCUCUUCUUUGGAUAGCUACCCCAAGAUUGACCAUCACCAUGGUCCCUUACGUUGUUUUCUCAUUGUUUCACUUUUUGACGUACCUGAAGUCCGUUUUGCUUCCACAAGUGUUCCAUUUGAGCGAGAACUCAAAAAUCUUGACUCUCGUUGACAGUUUCGUUCGUCAAAAUAACGACAAGUCCAUGAAUUGGUCCAGUUUUAGUGAAUUAUGCUGUUUGAUUAUUGUCUUGCUUAGAGCACUGUUGUGGUAUCCUCGUUCUUGGAUUGUCGCAAUAAUCUACUCGGUUUUCAUCAAAGUUAGAUACGAAAAAUCUCCAUAUAUGAAGAGCUGUGUGAAAAAAUGGGAGGUCCGUCUCGAUGGGCUUGUGAGCCAUCCCAAGGUAUUUCCUCAGGUUAAAAAUAUCUACAUGCAAUUCAAGUCGAACAUAAGGCAGUUAGGCAAGUACAAUUUGGCGGGGCCAUCUCCGGCGACAUCAGCUGCCAAGCAAAAUUAA